AUGCAUUACUGCAGUUCUCUGGUGGUGCAGCAGAAAGCGACCCCCCUCUCCUUUGUUCUCAUUGGCCCCCAGGCAUCCAAAUUAUGUCUGCUCCCCAUCAGCACCCCAAAUCAGGCUUCGGCCCCAGAACCCGGCCCAGACAGGCAGGGCGGCCGACGGGCGCGGCGUCCCGCGCGGGCUGCUCCGCGCUCCGCGCUCGGCGUCACAGGCGCCGGGGGACAGCGCGUCGCCGCCGCGCUCAGGCCGGGCGCAGAUGACGGGCCGCCCCUCCUUUCCGGAGUCCAUACUGACGACAGCUCAGCUCCUCCCGUGUUUAAGGUGAAGCUCCUGCGAGAAGGGGAAACCGUGCACGUGGCGGCCGCGGCGGAGACCUCCGGCAGCCCACUCGGGGGCUCGGCCGUGGGCGCGGAGGGCGGCGCUGGGGCGGAGACGAGCGGCCGGGGAGAGGGCGAGAGGCUGGAGCUGGAGCGGGUCGCGGGGAGCAGCUUGCGGGAACAGGGAGUGCUACUGCUCACUCCCUUCUCUGGUGUGACACUGGAGACGAGGACAGAUCAGAUGCUUGCUCAGAAAUCUGGCAACAUCAUCAACAUGUCCUCUGUGGCUUCCAGCAUCAAAGGAGUUAUGAACAGAUGUGUGUACAGCACAACCACGGUGGCCAUGACUCGCCUCACCAAGUCCAUGGCUGCAGACUUCUUCCAGCAGGGGAUCAGGUGCAGUUGUGUGUGUCCAGUGUCUGCAGGCUUUAGUAUAACACAAAUAUUUGAGCAGCUUGGGAGUCACCAUAGUCCUGCUUGGCCCACAGUUAAUGAUAGUAAUGAUAUUCUCAUGUAUCAUGUGUCAUGCGCACUGAGUGAUUUCCUAACGAGACAGAAGACGGGAAGAUUUGCAACCGCAGAAGAAAUAGCCCUGCUCUGCGUGUAUCUGGCUUCUGAUGAAACUGCCUACGUGACAGGGACUCCUGUCGUCAUCGAUGGAGGCUGGAGCCUGUGA